CGCGGCCGCGGGGGGCGGCGCUGCGCUGCGCCGCGCUGCGCUCCAGCCCCGACCGGGCCGGGGCCGCUGGAUGCCGCGUCUCGGCGUCUGCUGCCUGGCGGGCGGGCUCCCGCGGCGGCAGCCAGGUGGGAUACAAAGGCCCCAGACUAAGCACUCAUAAUCCUCUGGGGGUGCCACCCCUGAAAACAGCCCCCCACCAUGUUUAACCUCAUGAAGAAGGACAAAGACAAAGAUGGCGGGCGGAAGGAGAAGAAGGAGAAGAAGGAGAAGAAGGAGCGGAUGUCAGCUGCGGAGCUGCGGAGCCUGGAGGAGAUGAGCCUGCGCAGGGGCUUCUUCAACCUGAACCGCUCCUCCAAGCGGGAGUCCAAGACGCGCCUGGAGAUCUCCAACCCCAUCCCCAUCAAGGUGGCCAGCGGCUCUGACCUGCACCUGACGGACAUCGACUCGGACAGCAACAGGGGCAGCAUCAUCCUGGACUCGGGGCACCUCAGCACAGCCAGCUCCAGUGAUGACCUCAAGGGCGAGGAGGGCAGUUUCCGGGGCUCUGUGCUGCAGCGGGCCUCCAAGUUUGGCUCCCUGGCCAAGCAGAACUCGCAGAUGAUCGUCAAGCGCUUCUCGUUCUCCCAGCGGAGCCGGGAUGAGAGCGCCUCUGAGACCUCCACGCCCUCGGAGCACUCGGCAGCCCCGUCCCCGCAGGUGGAGGUCAGGACUCUGGAGGGACAGCUGGCGCAGCAUCCUGGCGCGGGCCUCCCUCGGUCCGGGCCCCGCUCCCGAGUCCCUGAGCUGGUGACCAAAAGGUUCCCCGCUGACCUGCGCUUGCCCGCCGUGGUGCCCCCACCACCCCCUGCCCUCCGGGAGCUAGAGCUGCAACGCCGGCCCACCGGGGACUUCGGCUUCUCCCUGCGUCGCACCACCAUGCUGGACCGCAGCCCCGAGGGUCAGGUGUACCGGCGGGUGGUUCACUUUGCGGAGCCUGGGGCGGGUACCAAGGACCUGGGCCUGGGACUGGUGCCAGGGGAUCGGCUGGUGGAGAUUAACGGGCACAAAGUGGAAAGCAAGUCCCGGGAUGAGAUCGUGGAGAUGAUUCGGCAGUCCGGGGACAGCGUGCGGCUCAAGGUGCAGCCCAUCCCAGAGCUUAGUGAGCUGAGCCGGAGCUGGCUGCGGAGCUGUGAGGGGCCCCGCAGGGAGCCGGCGGAGCUGGACCCUGAGGCCGCCUCUCCUGUGCACAGCCAGGUGAAAACGGAGGAGCAGAUCGCGGCGGAGGAGGCCUGGCAUGAGACGGAGAAGGUGUGGCUGGUCCAUAAGGAUGGCUUCUCUCUGGCCUGUCAGCUCAAGUCCGAGCAGCUCAGCCUGCCCGAGGGGAAGGUGCGCGUGAAGCUGGACCACGAUGGCGCCAUCUUGGACGUGGAUGAGGAUGACGUGGAGAAGGCGAAUGCCCCAUCCUGCGAUCGUCUGGAAGACCUGGCCUCGCUGGUGUACCUCAACGAGUGCAGCGUCCUGCACACGCUGCGCCAGCGCUGUGGGGCCGGCCUGCUGCACACCUACGCGGGCCCCAGCCUGCUGCUGCUCAGCCCCCGGGGCGCCCCCGCCAUGUACUCCGAGAAGGUAAUGCACAUGUUCAAGGGGUGUCGGCGGGAGGACAUGGCCCCCCACAUCUACGCCGUGGCACAGACCGCCUACCGGACCAUGCUGAUGAGCCGCCAGGACCAGUCCAUCGUCCUCCUGGGUGGGAGUGGCAGCGGCAAGACCACCAGCUGCCAGCACCUGGUGCAGUACCUGGCGACCAUCGCCGGUGCCAAUAAAGUGCUUACGGUGGACAAGUGGCAGGCUCUGUGCACGCUCCUGGAGGCCUUCGGGAACAGCCCCAGCGCCAUGAACAGCAACGCCACCCGCUUCUCCCACAUCCUUUCCCUGGACUUUGACCAAGCCGGCCAGGUGGCCUCGGCCUCCAUUCAGACAAUGCUCCUGGAGAAGCUGCGUGUAGCCCGGCGCCCUGCCGGCGAGGCCACAUUCAACGUCUUCUACUACCUGCUGGCCUGUGGGGACAGCACCCUCAGGACAGAGCUCCACCUGAACCACCUGGCCGAGAACAGUGUGUUUGGAAUUGUGCCCCUGGCCAAGCCCGAGGAGAAGCAGAAGGCGGCACAGCAGUUCAGUAAGCUGCAGGCGGCCAUGAAGGUGCUGGGCAUCUCCCCUGACGAGCAGAAAGCCUGCUGGCUCCUCCUGGCCGCCAUUUACCACCUGGGUGCUGCCGGCGCCACCAAAGAGGCCCUCGAGGAGCCAGCGGAAGCUGCUGAAGCUGGGCGCAAGCAGUUUGCUCGCCAUGAGUGGGCCCAGAAGGCUGCCUACCUGUUGGGCUGCAGCCUGGAGGAGCUCUCCUCAGCCAUCUUCAAGCACCAGCUCAAGGGGGGCACCCUGCAGCGUUCUACCUCCUUCCGUCAGGGCCCCGAGGAAAGCGGCCUGGGAGAUGGCACAGGCCCCAAACUGAGUGCGCUCGAGUGCUUAGAGGGCAUGGCGUCUGGUCUGUACAGCGAGCUCUUCACCCUUCUCAUCUCCCUGAUAAACAGGGCUCUCAAGUCCAGUCAGCACUCACUCUGCUCUAUGAUGAUUGUGGAUACUCCGGGCUUCCAGAACCCUGAGCAGAGUGGGUCGGCCCGAGGGGCCUCCUUCGAGGAGCUGUGCCACAACUACACCCAGGACCGGCUGCAGAGACUCUUCCACGAGCGCGCCUUCCUGCAGGAAUUGGAAAGAUAUAAGGAGGAGAACAUCGAGGUGGCAUUUGACGACAUGGAGCUGGCCACCGACACCUCUGUGGCGGUGAUGGACCAAGCUUCCCAUCAGUCCCUGGUCCGCUCUCUGGCUCGCACCGAAGAGGCCAGGGGCCUGCUGUGGCUGCUGGAGGAGGAGGCGCUGGUGCCGGGCGCCACGGAGGACUCCCUCCUGGAGCGCCUUUUCUCCUACUACGGCCCCCAGGAAGGUGACAGGAAAGGCCAGAGCCCCCUCUUGCGCAGUGGCAAACCACACCAUUUCCUGCUGGGCCACAGCCACGGCACCAAUUGGGUGGAGUACAACGUGGCGGGCUGGCUGAGCUACGCCAAGCAGAACCCUGCCGCUCAGAACGCCCCCCGGCUCCUGCAGGACUCCCAGAAGAAGAUCAUCAGCAACCUGUUUCUGGGCCGGGCCGGCAGCGCCACGGUGCUGUCAGGCUCCAUCGCAGGCCUGGAGGGCGGCUCGCAGCUGGCGCUGCGCCGGGCCACCAGCAUGCGCAAGACCUUCACCACGGGCAUGGCGGCAGUCAAGAAGAAGUCCCAGUGCAUCCAGAUUAAGCUGCAGGUGGAUGCCCUCAUCGACACCAUUAAGAAGUCGAAGCUGCAUUUCGUGCACUGCUUCCUUCCCGUGGCAGAGGGCCGGGCCGGGGAGCCGCGCGCCUCCUCCUCCCGCCGGGUCAGCAGCAGCAGCAGCAGCGAGUUGGACCUGCCCCCCGGAGACCCCUGUGAGCCCGGCCUGCUGCAGCUCGAUGUGCCCCUGCUCCGGGCCCAGCUCCGGGGCUCCCGCCUGCUGGAUGCCCUGCGCAUGUACCGCCAAGGUUACCCUGACCACAUGGUGUUCUCCGAGUUCCGCCGCCGCUUUGAUGUCCUGGCCCCGCACUUGACCAAGAAGCACGGGCGCAACUACAUCGUGGUGGAUGAACGGCGGGCCGUGGAGGAGCUGCUGGAGUGCUUGGACCUGGAGAAGAGCAGCUGGUGCAUGGGCCUGAGCCGGGUGUUCUUCCGCGCGGGCACGCUAGUGCGCCUGGAGGAGCAGCGGGACGGGCAGACCAGGAGGAACCUCACGCUGUUCCAGGCGGCCUGCAGGGGCUACCUGGCCCGCCAGCACUUCAAGAAGAGAAAGAUCCAGGACCUGGCCAUCCGCUGUGUGCAGAAGAACAUCAAGAAGAACAAAGGGGUGAAGGACUGGCCCUGGUGGAAGCUGUUCACCACCGUGCGGCCCCUCAUUGAGGUGCAGCUGUCCGAGGAGCAGAUCCGGAACAAAGACGAGGAGAUUCAGCAGCUGAAGAGCAAGCUUGAGAAGGUGGAGAAGGAAAGGAAUGAGCUCCGGCUCAACAGUGACCGGCUGGAAACGCGGAUCUCAGAGCUGACAUCGGAGCUGACCGAUGAGCGUAACACGGGAGAGUCCGCCUCGCAGCUGCUAGAUGCCGAGACCGCGGAGCGGCUCAGGGCUGAGAAGGAGAUGAAGGAGCUGCAGACGCAGUACGAUGCACUGAAGAAGCAGAUGGAGGUGAUGGAGAUGGAGGUGAUGGAGGCGCGUCUCAUCCGGGCCACCGAGAUCAAUGGGGAAUUGGAUGAUGAUGACGCAGGAGGCGAGUGGCGGCUCAAGUAUGAGCGAGCUGUGCGCGAAGUGGACUUCACCAAGAAGCGGCUCCAGCAGGAGUUUGAGGACAAGCUGGAGGUGGAGCAACAGAGCAAGAGGCAGCUGGAGAGGCGGCUCGGGGACCUGCAGGCGGAUGGUGAGGAGAGCCAGCGGGCGCUGCAGCAGCUCAAGAAGAAAUGCCAGCGGCUGACGGCCGAGUUGCAGGACACCAAGCUGCACCUGGAGGGCCAGCAGGUCCGCAACCACGAGCUGGAAAAAAAGCAGCGGAGGUUCGACAGUGAGCUCUCGCAGGCACAUGAGGAGACCCAGCGGGAGAAGCUGCAGCGGGAGAAGCUGCAGCGGGAGAAGGACACACUCCUGGCCGAGGCUUUCAGCCUGAAGCAGCAGCUGGAGGAAAAAGACAUGGACCUGGCAGGAUUCACUCAGAAAGUCGUCUCCCUUGAGGCUGAGCUCCAGGACAUUUCUUCCCAAGAGUCCAAGGAUGAGGCAUCUCUGGCCAAAGUCAAGAAGCAGCUCCGAGACCUGGAGGCCAAGGUGAAGGAUCAAGAAGAGGAGCUGGACGAGCAGGCAGGGACCAUCCAGAUGCUGGAGCAGGCCAAGCUGCGGCUGGAGAUGGAGAUGGAGCGGAUGAGACAGACACAUUCCAAGGAGAUGGAGAGCCGGGAUGAGGAGGUGGAAGAGGCUCGGCAGUCCUGUCAGAAGAAGUUGAAGCAGAUGGAAGUGCAGCUGGAGGAAGAAUAUGAGGAGAAGCAGAAGGUGCUACGGGAGAAGCGAGAGCUGGAGAACAAACUCGGCCUGCUCAGCGACCAGGUGAACCAGAGAGACUUUGAGUCUGAGAAGCGGCUCCGGAAGGACCUGAAGCGCACCAAGGCCCUGCUGGCCGAUGCCCAGAUCAUGCUGGACCACCUGAAGAACAACGCGCCCAGCAAGCGGGAGAUUGCGCAGCUCAAGAACCAGCUGGAGGAGUCUGAGUUCACCUGCGCGGCUGCCGUGAAGGCCCGGAAGGCCAUGGAGGUGGAGAUCGAAGACCUACACCUGCAGAUUGACGACAUCGCCAAAGCCAAGACAGCGCUGGAGGAGCAGCUGAGCCGCCUUCAGCGUGAGAAGAACGAGAUCCAGAACCGACUGGAAGAGGAUCAGGAGGACAUGAAUGAGCUGAUGAAGAAGCACAAGGCGGCUGUAGCUCAGGCUUCCCGGGACCUGGCUCAGAUGAACGAUCUCCAGGCUCAGUUGGAAGAAGCCAACAAGGAGAAGCAGGAGCAACAGGAGAAGCUACAAGCCCUGCAGAGCCAGGUUGAGUUCCUGGAACAGUCUAUGGUGGACAAGUCCCUGGUGAGCCGGCAGGAAGCGAAGAUUCGGGAGCUGGAGACGCGCCUGGAGUUUGAGAAGACCCAAGUGAAGCGGCUGGAGGGUCUAUCCAGUCGGCUCAAGGAAAACAUGGAGAAGUUGACUGAGGAGCGGGACCAGCGCACGGCUGCUGAGAACAGAGAGAAGGAGCAAAACAAAAGGCUCCAGAGGCAGCUCCGGGACACCAAGGAGGAGAUGGGCGAGCUUGCCAGGAAAGAGGCCGAGGCCAGCCGCAAGAAGCAUGAGCUGGAAAUGGAUCUGGAAAGUCUGGAGGCUGCUAACCAGAGCCUCCAAGCUGAUCUCAAGCUGGCGUUCAAGCGCAUUGGGGACCUGCAGGCCGCCAUCGAGGAUGAGAUGGAGAGCGAUGAAAAUGAGGACCUCAUCAACAGUUUGCAGGACAUGGUGACAAAGUAUCAGAAAAGAAAGAAUAAACUUGAGGGCGACUCAGACGUGGACUCAGAGGUGGAAGAUCGGGUCGAUGGGGUCAAGUCGUGGCUGUCGAAAAACAAGGGGUCUUCCAAGGCCACGUCCGAUGAUGGCAGCAUGAAGAGCCCCAGCCCCAGCAGCAACUGGAAGUCCCCUGCCCCUGACCGAUCCGACGACGAGCACGACCCCCUGGACGGCACCACCAGGUCCCGCUACGCCCACAACUAUCUGAGUGACAGCGACACAGAGGCCAGACCCACAGAGACAAAAGCAUAGCCCAAGGGAGCAGUCCAUGCUGGUCCUGCCCUCGGUGACUGCCCCUCCGAAGAAGCGGGGAUGGGGGGCGGAGGCAGAGAUCCCCUCAACCUGACUGCUAAACUGCAUGGGGGACACUGAGCCUCUUCCGGGUGUCUGAUGUCUUCUACUGGGGGCACUGGGGGUGGUGGGGAGGGUAAGAGGAGUUUUGGAAAAGAGAACUUAAGCUCCUCUGCCUCCGAAAUAUCACGCUCUCGGCUUCUCCCUUGGGCCGCGGAGGGCAGCAGUGGGUGACCUGACCCUGCGCGGAGUCAGUACAUUGACCCCGUCUCAGCCCCCUGCUCAGGGACCGUGGACUGGUUGCCUGCUGGGACAUUCUAGGUUGCUGGGUCCAUGAGGGGGCCUGGGGGGUGGGCACCUCCGUCCCUCCCCGCUGACUUGGGGGCGAAGGCUUUCUCUUCUCAGUGCCUGCUGUCUUUUUACUUUUUAACUUAAAUACCGAACCUCUCCAUCGCAGCUGCAUCGGGGGCAGGGGGUGCCGCAUGGCAGCAGGGGCCUGGGAGGGGCACAGGGCAACCUCAUCUCGCUCCAUGCUUUGGAGAACAAUCCUUCCUCUGUGCAGCUGAGGGGGGCCUGUAAGCAGAGCGGGGUCCCGUUCUUAAGAGGCAGCGUGUUGAGGGGGGGGCCUCAGGUGCUUCUUAGCUUUGGGUUGAGUGCACCCACACUGGUGGGGGUGCCCACAAACCACCCAGGCUUCUAGCCCCCACCCCUCUUCUCUCAUUUCUCUCAUCAAUGUGCUAAGUGCAAUGAGCUAUUUAAGAGUAAACCUGUCCCCGCUAGGCUGAUCGGGGGUUGUCCAAGUACUGCCCCCCCUGCCCUUCUGCCCUUCUGCCCUUCUGCCCUUCUGGCCUGUGCCUGAAUUCAGCCGAAGAGGGGAAGCAGGGCCAGAGGGCUGUGAGCAGGACUAAAGAGGGAGUUUCCGUCGGCACGCGUGUGUGAGACGCAAAUCCUCUCCCUGUGUCUGAACCUGUGUCAUUUUUCUCCCGAGUUCCCCCCCGAACCCCAUCCCCACCACCACUCAUCCCAGACCUGACAAUAUGUGGCCUGAAGGCCCCCCACACAUACCGAAGUCAUCCCACCACCACCAGACUUGGGGGCCCAAGGGCAGUGCCUGGUGCCGCUCCCAUGUGCUGUCCCCCAGCCUCCUCCUGCAUUUGGUUUAUACUCACUGGGCUGUGCUCGCGCCCCUGUCUCCCUGAUGUAUGGAAAUAAAUGUCCUUUUCCUCCUG